CGCAAUCCCGGGACAAGGAUCCGCGCGGCGCGCGCAAUUGCCCUGGAAACCUCUGCGCGCGCACGCGCAAACGCGGGGCGGGGGAGGACUGAGCUAAGGGUUUAGCAGCGGAAGGAGGGGUUUAUCCUUCCAGUCGACCGACGCUGCCCCGAGGGUGGACGCGCGCGCCGCCCAUCUCCCUCGGGUGGAGCGUCCCUUCCAGCACGCGCCCGGCCGCGCGCUCCCCAGCCCCUCCCCCUCCGCUCCCCCCACUUCAUAAGCACCCUUGCACUCCUCCCGCAUUUGUGCGCCGGUGCAGCAGGCAGUGGGAGCAUCCGGGCACUUCCGCAGCCGAGCGGCGAUCCGGGAGGCGGCGGUGGCGGCGGCGGUGGUCGAGAAGCUCCCAUGGCUGGGACCAGGCGGGGGGAAGGCAAAAGGGGGGCGAGGCCUUAAGCCCGAGCCGCGGCGGGGUGGGUCCCGAGGGAGGCGGAGCGGGAAGCGCUCUCGCGGGCGGAGGAGGGCCGGGAGCGGGGCUCGUUGAGUCUCUAGUGCGUUCGCCUGGCCAGCCGGGGCUCCGGAGAUGCAUCUGCAUCAGGUCCUCACUGGAGCUGUCAACCCUGGAGACAACUGCUAUUCCGUGGGCAGCGUCGAGGAUGUCCCCUUCACGGCAUAUGGAUCGGGCUGUGAUAUUGUUAUUUUGGCAAAUGACUUUGAAUGUGUGCAGAUCAUUCCUGGUGCUAAGCAUGGAAACAUCCAAGUCAGCUGUGUGGAGUGUUCUAACCAACAUGGAAGAGUUGCAGCUUCAUAUGGUAAUGCUGUUUGUAUUUUUGAGCCCUUGGGCAUAAAUUCUCAUAAGAGAAAUUGUCAACUCAAGUGUCAGUGGCUUAAAACUGGGCAGUUUUUUUUGAGUUCCGUGACAUACAAUUUAGCAUGGGACCCUCAAGAUAACAGAUUGUUGACAGCAACUGAUUCUAUUCAGUUGUGGGCUCCUCCAGGAGGUGACAUUCUGGAAGAGGAGGAAGAAAUCGAUAAUAAAAUUCCUCCUGUUUUAAAUGAUUGGAAGUGCAUCUGGCAGUGCAAAACCUCAGUAUCUGUACAUUUGAUGGAGUGGUCCCCUGAUGGUGAAUAUUUUGCUACCGCUGGAAAGGAUGAUUGUCUUUUGAAAGUGUGGUACCCUAUGACUGGUUGGAAGUCUUCAAUUAUACCUCUGGAUCAUCAUGAAGUGGAAAGGAGACAGGCGUCUACCCAGUUUUCCUUUGUCUACUUGGCACAUCCGCGAGCUGUGACAGGUUUUUCAUGGCGUAAAACUAGCAAAUAUAUGCCCAGAGGUUCUGUCUGUAAUGUGUUAUUAACUUCAUGCCAUGAUGGUGUCUGCCGGCUAUGGGCAGAAACCGUAUUACCAGAAGACUGUCUUUUGGGUGAGCAGAUUUGUGAGACUACCACUUCCAGCACUGCCAGCAACCUUACUCAUGCUGGAAGACACAAAGACAGAGUACAACAUGCUCUUGAGACAAUACACCAUUUGAAAAAUUUAAGAAAAGGACAAAGGAAGUCUUCCAUUCUUGUAACUCACACUGAAUUAAUGCACGACCAGAUGGCAACGCAUGAAGUUCAAAGACACAUUUCCCAUCACGCAAAUGCACUGUGUCAUUUUCACAUUGCAGCGAGCAUCAAUCCCACCACAGAUAUUCCAAAUGUCUUGGUUGGCACUGUAUUUAACAUUGAUGAUGGAAAUGGGGGCUUUGUAGUUCAUUGGUUAAACAACAAAGAAUUUCAUUUUACAUCAUCUACUGAAAUAUUUAUGCAGCAAUUACGAAAACUUUCUGAAAAGCAGGUAGAUCAUGAAAACGACAAAGCAGAUAGAGAAGAUGAGGAACGUUCACAGGAGGAAAGAGAGAGGGGUUUACGUAUGAAACUAGACCAUGAAUUAUCCCUGGAUAGAGAAUCUGAAGCAGGUACAGGAUCAUCAGAACAUGAAGAUGGAGAAAGAGAGGGAAGUCCUAGAACCUGUUCACGACCUGGUGUACCAAUGCCACUGCCUACAGUCCUGCUUGAUCGGAAGAUCGAAAUGCUGCUAACUGAAUGGAAUAAGAAUCCUGACAUGCUUUUUACUAUACACCCGGUAGAUGGUACCUUCCUAGUGUGGCAUGUAAAGUAUUUGGAUGAAUAUAAUCCUGGAAUAUUUAGACAAGUCCAGGUUUCUUUUUCUUCUCGGAUUCCUGUUGCAUUUCCAUCUGGUGAUGCAAGCUCUCUUAGUAAAAAUAUCAUGAUGUAUGCCUGUAUAAAUGCUACAAAAGAUUCUCACCACACUCUGUUACAUGAAGACAUGAUGGCUGAAUGCAGUCCUCAUGGAUCACAGCUGCAUUCUGGACCACACAGUACAAAUAUGAACAUUUUAGCUCCCACAGUAAUGAUGGUCUCUAAACACAUAGAUGGCUCUUUAAAUCAAUGGGCGGUCACUUUUGCUGAUAAGUCUGCCUUUACCACUGUUCUAACUGUAUCUCACAAAUUUAGAUAUUGUGGUCAUAGAUUUCACCUCAAUGACCUGGCAUGUCAUUCAGUUUUACCAUUAUUAUUGACAUCAUCUCAUCAUAAUGCUCUGCUGACUCCUGAAUCAGAUUUUCAGUGGGACUCAGACAAUAAAUUAAGUAGAUUAAUGGAUCCUGUAAGACACAUAAACGGUUCCUCGAAACAGCCUCUCAGAAAUGCAGCAACACGUACAUUUCAUGACCCGAAUGCCAUCUACAGUGAACUUAUUCUGUGGCGCGUGGACCCAAUAGGACCUUUGUCAUACACCGGAGGAGUAUCAGAGUUGGCGCGAAUUAACUCUUUACAUACUUCAGCCUUCUCUAAUGUUGCUUGGCUUCCAACUCUUAUUCCUAGUUACUGUCUUGGCACAUAUUGCAAUUCUGCAAGUGCUUGCUUUGUUGCUUCUGAUGGCAAAAAUCUGAGACUCUACCAAGCUGUGGUAGAUGCAAGGAAAUUAUUGGAUGAACUGUCAGAUCCAGAAUCUUCAAAACUUAUUGGAGAAGUGUUUAAUAUUGUGAGCCAACAGUCUACUGCUCGACCUGGCUGCAUUAUUGAACUCAAUGCAAUAACCAACCAAUGUGGCUCAAAUACACAGUUGCUUCAUGUGUUUCAAGAAGACUUCAUUAGAGGAUAUAAACCACAUAAGGAAGAUAUGGAGAAAAAGGAAACAGAAAUAUUUUUUCAACCAUCCCAAGGAUACCGACCACCACCAUUUUCAGAAAAGUUCUUUCUAGUAGUAAUUGAAAAAGACAGCAAUAAUUGCUCUAUUCUCCAUAUGUGGCACCUUCAUCUUAAAUCUGUACAGGCAUGUUUAGCUAAAGCUUCAGAAGGUGUUUCAUCAGAGAGUCUACUUUCAGUCCCUGGACAGAAGAACGUAGACUCUUCUCCAGAAACCUCUCCUAGUAUGAGCCCCAUGCCACAUUCUUCAUCAAUUGCCAACCUUCAAACUGCUAGUAAACUGAUUCUGAGUUCUAGACUGGUAUAUAGCCAACCUCUUGAUCUCCCAGUAGGAGUUGAAGUAAUAAGAGCAACGCCUUCAGCAGGCCACCUGAGUUCCUCUUCAAUUUAUCCAGUGUGCCUGGCACCUUAUUUAGUGGUUACAACUUGUUCUGACAAUAAAGUACGCUUCUGGAAAUGUAGUAUGGAAACCAAUCUACAAUGUAAAAGUGAUGAGAAGGAAACCUAUCAUUGGAGGAGAUGGCCCUUGAUGAAUGAUGAAGGAGAAGAUAACAGCAGUACAGUGAGCAUUGUGGGAAGACCAGUUGCUGUUAGCUGUUCAUACACGGGUCGCCUUGCAGUGGCUUACAAACAACCUAUCCAUCACAAUGGUUUUGUUUCUAAAGAAUUUUCCAUGCAUGUUUGCAUAUUUGAAUGUGAAUCUACAGGAGGGUCAGAAUGGGUUUUAGAACAAACAAUUCAUCUUGAUGAUUUGGUCAAAGUCGGGAGUGUACUUGAUUCAAGGGUCAGUGUCGACAGUAAUCUCUUUGUGUACAGCAAAUCAGAUGCACUUUUGAGCAAGGAUAGAUAUCUUAUUCCGAAUAUUAAACAUUUAGUACAUUUGGACUGGGUAUCAAAAGAAGAUGGCUCCCACAUUCUCACAGUAGGGGUCGGUGCUAAUAUCUUCAUGUAUGGGCGGCUUUCAGGAAUUGUGACUGAGCAAAUCAAUAGUAAGGAUGGAGUAGCUGUCAUUACUUUACCACUAUGUGGAAGUAUCAAGCAAGGAGUUAGGUCAAGAUGGGUUCUUCUUAGAUCUAUAGACUUAGUGUCUUCUGUUGAUGGUACACCUUCACUGCCUGUUUCUCUCUCUUGGGUAAGAGAUGGGAUAUUGGUGGUAGGAAUGGAUUGUGAAAUGCAUGUAUAUGCACAGUGGAAGCAUGCUGUCAAAUUUGGAGACAUGGACGCUGAUGGUCCUGAUGCAGAAGAGACAGCAAUACAAGAUCAUUCUGCCUUUAAGUCUAAUACGUUGUCAAGAAAAAGUAUUGUUGAGGGAGCAGCUAUUGCUGAUGAUAUUUUUUGUUCACCAACUGUAGCUCAAGAUGGUGGCUUAUUUGAGGCUGCACAUGUACUUUCCCCUACUCUCCCGCAGUAUCAUCCAACCCAGCUGUUAGAAUUGAUGGAUUUAGGGAAAGUUCGCAGGGCUAAAGCUAUUCUCUCUCAUUUAGUAAAAUGCAUUGCAGGAGAAGUUGCAAUAGUUAGAGAUGCUGAUGCUGGAGAAGGAACUAAGCGACAUCUUUCUCGAACCAUUAGUGUAAGUGGCAGUACAGCAAAGGAUACAGUCACCAUAGGGAAAGAUGGUACUCGAGAUUAUACUGAGAUAGACUCUAUUCCUCCACUACCGUUAUAUGCAUUGCUUGCUGCCGAUCAAGAUACAACCUACAGAAUUUCAGAAGAAAGUACAAAAAUACCACGGAGCUAUGAAGAUCAUACAGAAAGUCAACCAGAAGAUCAGUAUUCAGAGCUGUUCCAAAUCCAGGAUAUAACAACAGAUGAUAUUGACUUAGAGCCAGAAAAAAGAGAAAACAAAUCAAAAGUAAUAAAUCUUUCUCAAUAUGGACCAGCUUACUUUGGCCAAGAACAUGCUAGGGUACUUUCAAGUCAUCUUAUGCACUCAAGUCUCCCAGGCCUUACCCGUUUGGAGCAGAUGUUCCUUGUAGCUUUGGCUGAUACAGUGGCUACCACCAGUACUGAGCUUGAUGAAAACAGAGAUAAGAGUUACUCAGGAAGAGACACAUUAGAUGAGUGUGGUUUGCGGUACUUACUAGCUAUGCGCUUGCACACUUGCCUUUUGACAUCACUGCCUCCUUUAUACCGAGUACAGCUACUUCAUCAAGGUGUGUCUACUUGCCAUUUCGCCUGGGCUUUUCAUUCUGAGGCUGAGGAAGAGCUGAUUAAUAUGAUUCCGGCAAUUCAGAGAGGGGACCCUCAGUGGUCUGAGUUAAGAGCUAUGGGAAUAGGUUGGUGGGUCAGGAAUAUUAACACUCUUCGAAGAUGCAUUGAAAAGGUUGCCAAAGCUUCUUUUCAAAGGAACAAUGAUGCCUUGGAUGCUGCAUUAUUCUACCUUUCAAUGAAGAAGAAAGCAGUAGUGUGGGGUUUGUUUAGGUCACAGCACGAUGAAAAAAUGACAACAUUUUUCAGCCACAACUUUAAUGAAGAUAGAUGGCGUAAAGCCGCUUUGAAAAACGCUUUCUCUUUACUUGGAAAACAACGCUUUGAACAAUCUGCUGCUUUUUUCUUGUUAGCUGGUUCAUUGAAAGAUGCCAUUGAGGUAUGUCUUGAAAAAAUGGAAGAUAUCCAGCUAGCCAUGGUAAUUGCCCGUUUAUAUGAAUCUGAUUUUGAGACUUCAUCCACUUAUCUAUCCAUCCUAAAUCAGAAGAUUUUGGGUUGCCAAAAGGAUGCCUCAGGAUUCGAUUGCAAAAGAUUACAUCCUGAUCCUUUCUUACGCAGUCUUGCCUACUGGGUAAUGAAAGAUUAUGCCCGAGCCUUGGACACGUUAUUGGAACAAACACCAAAGGAGGAUGAUGAACAUCAAGUUAUCAAAUCUUGUAACCCAGUGGUGUUUAGUUUCUACAACUACCUUCGAACUCAUCCUUUGCUUAUUCGAAGAAACCUUGCCUCCCCUGAAGGAACUUUGGCAACCUUAGGUCUCAAAACGGAGAAGAACUUUGUUGAUAAAAUUAAUCUCAUAGAAAGAAAAUUAUUCUUUACUACAGCAAAUGCUCAUUUUAAAGUUGGAUGUCCUGUUUUAGCCUUGGAGGUGCUCUCCAAAAUUCCAAAAGUUACCAAAGUGUCUGCCUUACCUUCAGAAAAAGAUCAGCCUGACUUCAUUUUUAAAAAGACGGAUGAUGUACCUUCAGAAUCAAAAACUCUGAGUGAUGGUGAUAGAAGUUCUGGAAUUGAUUGGUCAAACAUAACUUCAUCACAGAUUGACUGGAGUCAGCCAAUAGUAAAAGUUGAAGAGGAACCUCUUACUCUUGACUGGGGUGAAGAGCACGAUAGUGCCUUAGAAGAAGAGGAAGAAGGUGCUGUCGGUUUAGUAAUGAAAAGUACAGAUGUCAGGGGAAAAGAUAGACAAGAAGAUCAGGAAGCCCCAGACCGUAAUAUGUUAUUGACUCCUCAGGAAGAGGAUUGCCUUGAAGGUGAUUCUGAAGUUGAUGUGAUUGCUGAACAACUAAAAUUCAGAGCUUGUUUAAAGAUCCUUAUGACUGAACUAAGAACAUUGGCUACAGGUUAUGAAGUAGAUGGUGGAAAACUCAGAUUUCAACUCUAUAACUGGCUUGAAAAGGAAAUUGCUGCCUUGCAUGAGAUAUGUAAUCAUGAAUCAGUUAUUAAAGAAUAUGCCAGUAAAAUGUAUUCCAAAGUAGAGAGUGAUAUUCUGGAUCAGGAAGAAAUGGUGGACAAACCAGAUAUUGGUUCCUAUGAGUGGCACCAAAUAGAAAGGCGGAGACUACAGGCUAAACGAGAGCAUGCAGAAAGACGGAAGUUGUGGUUGCAGAAGAACCAAGAUCUCCUCAGAGUGUUUCUUAGUUACUGUAGCCUUCAUGGGGCCCAAGGUGGUGGUCUGGCCUCAGUAAGGAUGGAACUCAAGUUUUUGCUACAAGAAUCACAGCAGGAAACUACAGUGAAGCAGCUCCAGUCUCCACUACCACUGCCUACCACCCUACCUCUGCUUUCAGCAAGUAUUGCUUCAACAAAAACAGUCAUAGCUAAUCCUGUAUUGUACUUAAAUAAUCACAUCCAUGAUAUACUUUAUACUAUUGUUCAGAUGAAAACACCACCUCAUCCCAGUAUUGAAGAUGUGAAGGUGCACACACUUCAUUCACUAGCAGCAUCACUUUCUGCAUCAAUUUACCAAGCAUUAUGUGACAGUCAUAGCUACAGCAGUCAGACAGAAGGGAACCAGUUUACAGGAAUGGCUUAUCAAGGGCUUCUUUUAAGUGAUCGUCGAAGGCUAAGGACAGAAAGCAUUGAAGAACAUGCAACACCAAGUUCUUCUCCUGCUCAAUGGCCUGGUGUGAGUUCACUUAUUAAUCUCUUGAGUUCAGCCCAAGAUGAAGACCAGCCAAAAUUGAAUAUUUUGUUGUGUGAAGCUGUUGUUGCUGUGUACUUAAGUUUAUUGAUACAUGCUCUUGCCACAAAUUCCUCCAAUGAAUUAUUUCGACUUGCAGCCCACCCAUUAAACAAUCGAAUGUGGGCUGCUGUUUUUGGGGGAGGUGUAAAACUUGUUGUGAAGCCUCAAAGACAAUCAGAAAAUAUUUCAGCACCUCCUGUUCCUUCUGAAGACAUAGAUAAACACCGCAGGAGGUUUAACAUGCGAAUGCUGGUUCCUGGAAGACCUGUAAAGGAUGCUACCCCACCACCAGUGCCUGCAGAAAGACCAUCUUACAAAGAAAAGUUUAUUCCUCCUGAACUCAGUAUGUGGGAUUAUUUUGUUGCAAAGCCAUUUCUCCCUUUGUCUGAUAGUGGAGUUAUAUAUGAUUCUGAUGAAAGCAUUCAUAGUGAUGAAGAAGAAGAUGAUGCUUUUUUUUCAGAUACACAGAUACAGGAACACCAAGACCCUAACUCCUAUAGCUGGGCUCUUCUACAUUUGACAAUGGUUAAGCUAGUACUUCACAAUGUCAAGAAUUUCUUUCCCAUCGCUGGAUUGGAAUUCUCUGAGUUGCCUGUAACAUCACCAUUAGGUAUUGCUGUGAUUAAAAACUUGGAGAAUUGGGAGCAGAUCUUGCAAGAGAAAAUGGAUCAAUUUGAAGGUCCUCCCCCCAACUAUGUCAACACAUAUCCAACUGACCUUUCAGUAGGAGCUGGACCAGCUAUUCUUCGAAAUAAAGCAAUGCUAGAACCUGAAAAUACUCCAUUCAAAUCCCGGGAUUCUUCUGCGCUUCCAGUCAAACGACUUUGGCAUUUCCUUGUUAAACAAGAAGUACUUCAACAGACAUUUAUUAGAUAUAUUUUCACUAAGAAAAGAAAGCAGAGUGAGUCUAUAGAAGAACAUGUGGAGCAGGUCAAACAAAACUGCAUAGCAGAAGAUUGCCACAUCAAGGUUGAAGCAGAUCUGGGCUAUCCAGGAGGAAAGGCAAAAAUCAUUCAUAAGGAGUCAGAUAUGAUCAUGGCAUUUUCUGUUAAUAAGGCAAACUGUAAUGAAAUUGUUUUGGCUUCAACGCAUGAUGUACAAGAACUUGAUAUUACUUCUCUACUGGCCUGUCAGUCAUACAUAUGGAUUGGAGAAGAAUAUGACAGAGAAUCCAAAAGUUCAGAUGAUAUUGAUUAUCGUGGUUCCACUACAACUCUUUAUCAACCCAGUGCAACAUCCCAUUCAGCAAGUCAGGUGCAUCCAUCUUCAUCUCUGCCGUGGCUGGGCAGUGGGCAGACUAGCAUUGGAGCUAGUGUGCUUAUGAAAAGGAAUCUACAUAAUGUUAAGAGAACGACCUCACACCCAGUCCAUCAAUACUAUCUUACAGGUGCUCAGGAUGGCAGUGUACGAAUGUUUGAAUGGACAAGACCUCAGCAGCUUGUCUGUUUCCGCCAAGCUGGCAAUGCAAGAGUUACCAGAUUAUAUUUCAAUUCACAAGGCAACAAGUGUGGUGUCGCAGACGGAGAGGGUUUUCUGAGUAUCUGGCAAGUAAACCAAACUGCAUCAAAUCCCAAACCUUACAUGAGUUGGCAGUGCCACAGUAAAGCCACAAGUGACUUUGCAUUUGUUACCUCUUCAAGUCUAGUUGCCACAUCUGGACAGUCCAAUGACAAUAGAAAUGUAUGCCUCUGGGACACAUUGAUAUCACCCGGAAACAGCCUCAUUCAUGGUUUCACAUGCCAUGAUCACGGUGCCACAGUGCUUCAGUACGCGCCAAAACAGCAACUCCUAAUAUCUGGAGGCAGGAAAGGCUGCGUCUGCAUUUUUGACAUCAGGCAGAGACAGCUAAUUCACACAUUCCAGGCACAUGACUCUGCAAUUAAGGCUCUGGCUCUCGAUCCCUGUGAGGAAUAUUUUACUACAGGUUCAGCAGAAGGUAACAUAAAGGUUUGGAGGUUGACAGGCCAUGGCCUACUUCAUUCAUUUAAAAAUGAACAUGCUAAACAGUCCAUAUUCAGAAACCUUGGGGCUGGAGUCAUGCAGAUCGACAUCACCCAGGGCAACCGGAUCUUCUCCUGUGGGGCAGACGGGACGCUGAAAACGAGGGUUUUGCCCAGUGCUUUUAACAUCCCUCAUAGCAUUCUUGACAUUCUAUAGACUUAAAGAUUGGGGCUUUAUUUUUAUAAACAUUUCAAUUAAAAAACACACUGCAGAAAUUAUUAGGCAUUUCUGCUUUCCAAGCAGUUGUUAACCCAUUGAAAACAAUACAGAGAAUCUCUGUGUAGAAUUUGAAUCUGAUCCAAGCUUGAGUUUUAGGCUGAGUUUUGCGUAUAUGGGCUGGUAGAAUGACUGUGCAUGUGUACCUUUUAUCAUGCUGACAUACUUAAAACAAAACCUAGUAUUGUAUGAAGGGUAGCUAUUCUUUACAGCAUUUAGCAAACCUGAUUCAGAAAACAUUUGAGGUUAGAAGUUAGCAUAUAAGUAAGUUAGUUAUAAUAAUGAGAAGGACCUUUACACCAAAUCAAGGAAGAAAAUGUUGCUGUUUCAGGUUUUUCUUCCUAUUCUUACCACUGAUUGAAGCAUGCCUGCAGUCUCCUUUGUUGAAUGAAGAAUAGUCAUAAGGAGUUAGAAGCUCCAGGACACCAGACACACACUGUAAGCUGCGUGUAAGCACACUUUGCAGCAGCGCACAGUGACUAGUUCUCUGCUGUGAGAGGUCGUUCCCAUUCUUUCCUGCUGAAUAUUUUUCCUGUUAGUGUUUAUACUGAUCUAGUACUGUAAUUUGCAAAUGAGUGCAAAUUUAAAUGCAAUGUUUUCCUCACAAUUUGCACAUUCACAUUUUUUGGACUGCUAGUUUUUCUAUUUAAAUAUUUGCCUUCAUGUUAGGAAUGUAAUACGUGGACAUGACAUAUUGGUAGUUAACCAAAACAUACCAAGUUAGUACUUCUUUUUUAGUCCAGUUUAGUACUUUUUCUUUUCACGUAUUCAAGGUUAAAACACCCACAACAUUUUAAGGCUAUGUUGAAACUAAACUAUACCAAUAGAGCAUUUCAUAUCAUAAUUAAAAUGAAUGUUAGGCUUUUCGUGGCCAGUUAAUAGUUGAUGAGAUUGGUGAUAUUAUUUAUUACCACAGCCUAUUGUAUAAACUAUGCAGAGUUAAAUAUUAUUUGCUUGAAAAAUAUUAGCCAGUGUUGUCAUAUUUUGAUGUACUUCUUGGUUAUGACCAAAAAUAUGUUCUUGAAAUACUGAAACCAAUGUCUGUGUUUAAAUGUUUACCAGCAUAUUGUCUCAUCACGUUAAUGAGAAUGUUUAAUGCCUGUGCAGUAUAUAGUAAAAUAUAAUGGCAUAAGAGCACCUUUCUCUGAAGGCAAUGUGAUGUUUGGGCUGUGAAAUACAUAUGUAAAAGAAAAAUAAAUGUUAUUUGUUAGAGUUUUA